AGAGCAGGGCUGCUGUGCUCACACAUCUCAGGCAGCCAUGGGGAACUGGGUGGAGAAUGAAGGACUGUCCAUCUUCGUCGUUCUUGUGUGGCUGGGCUUAAAUGUCUUCCUCUUUUGGUGGUAUUAUCUUGUGUAUGAUGUCCCACCAAAGUUCUUCUACACCAGAGUGCUCCUUGGCCGUGCUCUGGCUCUUGCAAGGGCCCCUGCAGCCUGCCUGAAUUUCAACUGCAUGCUGAUUCUGCUGCCAGUAUGUCGAAACCUGCUCUCCUUCCUCAGAGGAUCAAGUGCGUGCUGCUCGACCCGGAUCAGGCGACAGCUGGACAGAAACCUCACCUUUCACAAAAUGGUGGCCUGGAUGAUUGCCCUUCACACUGCAAUUCACACCAUUGCACACUUAUUCAAUGUGGAGUGGAGUGUGCAAGCCCGUGUUGAAGAGAAAGGCACCCUGGCAGCUGUGCUUUCUGGCCUUGGGGACAAACCAAAGGAAAGCUAUGUGAACUUCUACAGGCAAACCCUUGCUAAUCCCAUUGGGGGCCUCUAUGUGGCUUUCACAUACUUGGCUGGCAUCACUGGGGUUGUCAUCACACUGGCCCUCAUCCUCAUCAUCACCUCAUCCACCAAAACCAUCCGGAGGUCGUAUUUUGAAGUAUUUUGGUACACCCACCAUCUCUUUGUCAUCUUCUUUAUUGGCCUUGUCAUCCAUGGUGCUGGUCGUAUUGUACGGGGACAGACAGCUGAAAGCCUGGCUGAGCACAACCCAGAGAUUUGCAGCAAGAACUUCACUCUCUGGGGCAAGAGUGAGGCUUGCCCAAUCCCCCAGUUUUCAGGGAAUCCUCCUAUGACAUGGAAGUGGGUGGUGGGUCCCAUGUUCCUGUACCUGUGUGAGCGGCUGGUGCGGUUUUGGAGGUCACAGCAGAAGGUUGUUAUCACAAAGGUGGUCAUUCAUCCCUUCAAGACAAUUGAGCUCCAGAUGAUGAAAAAAGGCUUCAAGAUGGAGGUUGGACAAUACAUUUUUGUCAAAUGCCCAGCAGUGUCUAAACUGGAAUGGCAUCCAUUUACACUGACUUCUGCCCCAGAAGAGGAUUACUUCAGCAUUCACGUCCGAAUCGUGGGAGACUGGACUGAGGGCUUGUUCAACGCCUGUGGCUGUGAUAAACAAGAAUUCCAGGAGGCAUGGAAGAUGCCCAAGAUAGCUGUGGAUGGCCCCUUUGGAACAGCGAGUGAGGACGUGUUCAGCUAUGAAACUGUGAUGCUGGUUGGAGCUGGAAUAGGGGUCACCCCCUUUGCAUCUGUCCUCAAGUCUGUCUGGUACAAAUACUGCCAUGAUGCCACCAACCUUAAGCUCAAGAAGAUUUAUUUUUACUGGCUUUGCAGGGACACUCAUGCUUUUGAAUGGUUUGCUGACCUCUUGCAAUCUCUGGAGGCUCAAAUGCAGGAGAGGAAUAAUGCAGAGUUUCUGAGCUAUAACAUCUACCUUACAGGCUGGGAUGAAACUCAGGCCACUCACUUUGCAGUGCAUCAUGAAGAAGAGAAAGAUGUGAUUACAGGACUGAAACAGAAAACCUUGUAUGGAAGACCUAACUGGGAAAAUGAGUUCAAAACGAUUGCGGGGAAGCAUCCUGGCUCCAGAAUAGGUGUUUUCCUCUGUGGCCCUGAGGGCCUGGCUGACACACUCAACAAGCAGAGCAUCAGCAACUCAGAAGCUGAUCCACGAGGAGUGCACUUCAUUUUCAACAAAGAAAAUUUCUAACUCUGAAGCAAGUGGGAGUCAUUAGAAGCAAAGUCUAAGGACUGAAUCUGUUUUUCUGUUUGGAGUCUGGGAAGGACAGCCCAGCUUCUGAAUUUCAGCUACACUAACACAGGCCCCUUUGCUUCUUGGGAAGGAUUUUGGCUCUGUGGUAGAAUAAAAGAGUCAAGUCUUACCUUAGGGAAGUUUUCAUUGCCCUCUGUGUGCUGGCUAUUUAGUAGAAAUCUGUUUUCUUAGUCUGUGUGAGGGGAUUUCCCCUCAAUUAACUGCCUUUAUCCUCCUAUUAUUUGCCACACUGCUGAAGAGUGGAGGCUGUCAUUUGCUUUUGGGAGCCAAUUCAGACCCAUAAAGCUUGGUGCUAUUAAACAAUAAAGCAUUCCAGCAUGAUGCUUGCUAUUAGCAGGCAGCUUUUCCUGAAUAACUGUUUCAACUAAUGGAGGCAAUUAGGAGUUAAAUUCAAAGUUCACUUAUGGCCUCAGCCUGGGAUGUUUUCCUUUCCUUGUACAAUAUUUUCUCUGCCUCCCCAUAGGUAGUCAUCUGAAAUAAGCAGUUCGUUAGUUCCUCAAUAUCCUCAUUCCCGCCUGGAACUAGGGGAGUUGCAAAAGGGUGGCUGGCAAAGUUAGUUCCUUACAAGAGGAAAACUCCUUUGUACACCAACACCUUCCAGGCUUCCAACAAAAGCCUUGAACAUCCUCUCCAUGAGAGAACUCAUGCAGCUGAAAAGGAGCUGCUUGUCCUCAGGAGAGUGAAGAACUGAAAAGGAACCGCCUGGGCUUCUGAGAACCAGCCCAGCUGCAGAGGGGUGGCAGGGACAGACUCAAGUCCCACACAUGGUGUGUGAGUCACUGCUUCCUGCUUUGGACACCCUCACUCUCACAUCUUCAGGCUCACGGUGCAGGGAGCCAUACAAGAGGAGGUUUUGUGUUUCCAGGACUGCCAUUUCUGCUGUUCAAGGCUGGAAAAAGCUGUUGCUGAGUGGUUUAAUGGGUGAUUUCUGAAGCACUGUUAGGUGCAAACAGUGCCUUUGGCCCCAUUGCUCAGCUGUUCCUCUUUGAGGUGAAACAGGCUUUGAGAAAGCAAUGCUCACUUCAUUUAUUUAUGGAAUAGCUGUGGGUAAAGUUUCUGAUGUGCACAAGACUCAUACAGAGCCCAGUGCCUCUGUGUGCACAUUACAGGUGGCAGGUUCUUAAAAACAAACCAAAAAAGGGAACCAAAACUUUAAUACUGGCAAGAGAGGGGAAAAAAUGUAUUAAAGCCAGCAGCAUAGGGAAAAAAAUAUUUAAAAGCAAGUGCAAAAACCUUUGAAAAAGCCACAGUUUAGUAUACCGUGUCUUCCAUUCAUCCCAGUUCUCUGCUUUGUGAUCCUUAAGCUCCACAGCCAAGCCCUGCAGUAGCUCCUGCACAGCACAAGACCUUCCUGGCAGGUUCUUGCAGCCACAGAAGAAAGCUGUGGUCUCCUUCUGCAAUUUCAGACAGCUUUGUGCAGCCAUCUGGUUGCAUGUAGCAUAUUUUACACCUCAGCUUGCCAGACAGGAUAUGUGUUCUCUCUUUACAGCAUUUUAAAAUGUUAUUCAGGCUCUGAAUGCUACUUCAGAAAGGCAGCCUACCAGCUCCUAUUUGUUAAUAUCAGUUAACAACAAAUGCUGACAAAGAUCAACUCUUGGUGGGGAAUUUUCCAGGUCUUCCCCUCAGAAGAACCAUAUUCAAAUCCACAUAUUUCUGUCUGAAAUACAUCUAUUGAAUCAUAACAGAACAUAAGUAUAGCCAAAGAAACUUCUUCUGUGGAGUAAAUAUUGCUACUAAAAUAUAAUAAGGGUCUCACCCUGUGCAAAGAGCACUGAAAUAUUUACCCUAGCUUUUAAUGGAAAUGUGAUCAGGCAUUUAUAAUCAUAUAAAGUGGGCAAAGAGGAAUUGCAAGGGGUCACAUGGAGGCAGCAUAUUUAUCAUAAGAACAGUCUUGGAAGGGUGUAUUUUAAUUCACCAUUAAUUUUCUAUACAUUGCCAUGUUUGUUCUUAAAGCAUCAGGGAUCUUUCCUUAUUCAGUCAGUUGCUGUGACCUGACCAGCUGCACACUUGCACCAGGGCUUGUCAACUUGAACUCAGAAACAGUAAUUCUGUGUUUAUUAAUAAAUCAUUGUCUUCCUAAAACAUAUAAAAG